UUUCUAAGUCAAUAAUAAUUAUGAAUAAAUUGGGACAAAAAUUAAAUAGGAAGUUUUCUUGAAAAUCGGCUCCAACUGUAGUCUCCUGGGCAUAAAAUUGGGGCAUCAAUUCUCUCUAGUUUGGCAAUUGUUCCCCCCAGCAAAAUGCAAAAUUUACGCCCCCGUUGGAAUUUUCCGGAUUGGGCACCGGGCCCUCGAGAUAGGUGUCCGGAAGCAUUGGUCGUGUUGAUAUUUAUUUUGGAACACCCUGUAAAUAAUAUACGAACCGUGUAGAUAUAUUCGGACAAAAAUCGUCAAAGCUCUAUUUUUGCACUCUUAAUAAAUCUCUUGCAACAUACACACACAAAAUUAUUUGUUGAAAUCGAGCAUUAUUGGCAACAAUAUACUUUUUUCCCACGUUCGCGUCUUAUUGUCGUCAGGAUUUUUUGAAAAUUCUCACAGAACAAAAUGUUCAGUCAGAUUUCCUUUCAAAAUGGCAAAAACAGUUUUGAGAAAGGACUGCAGCGAUGCAUGAAAAACAGUCUCGCCUAUGGGUAUGCGCGAGACCUGCGGAGCACCAUCGCCGCUCUGGAACGGAGCGAGCAUGAGUUUUUCCGGCCGAAAAUUGAGGGUGUGCAGCUGGUCGAGGUCUUCGAGCAACUUCGGUCGGAAAAUGAGCAGAUGCGGGCUGCGGAGGAAACCAUGAUGGACAGAGCGGAAGUUCUACGCAAAAUUAGAGCGGAGAAGUUUGAGGAGCAAGUGAUCACGAAGGAGAAGAAUAAGAAGGAUGCUGGAAAUUGGCUCUGCGUCGAAUCUGAGUAUGAGAAGUGGCUUGAGAAGCACUUUUCGCGUCUUCGCAAGCAGUUUGAAGCGCUUAAAAUAAACCAAGUGAGGUACAAAAAUCUCUCAGACGUCACCAUCAUCAAGAACAUUCUAAAAGAGAAAUUAAUGUCAACCUCUGCGCUGCUGCAGAAGUUUGAGCAAGAGCUCAAAUCAUUAGAAAACGUGAGCGUCGAGGAGUCGGAGGCGCUGGCCACUAAAACGAGCGUUUUGUGUGAGGCGAAGAAUAAUGUGGAUAUAGACAGGCUGAGGCUUGAAAUAGAGCAGCAGGCGCAGGAGGAAACUGAUCUGGACAUUCAGAUUGAACUGAUUGAGAGGGAGAUUAUUGAAGCGAAUGAGCUUUGCAGCGAAGAUUUGGAUACAAAUCAAGGAGAAGAAUCAAAGCGUGCAAAAUAUCACGUGGAGCAGCUCCAGGAACAGCAGAUGAGGCUCAAGAAGCACGUUGAAAGUCAAAUGGCAAAUUUGAGGGAGUUGCAAGUCAGGCGAGAUUUGGCCAAGAAGCAUUUGGAAGCACUGCCAAAACCAUCUACAGAAUCAGAAAAGAUAUCUGAAGCUAAGAAAGAGCUUGGCCACCAAAAUGAGGAAAUGAACAAACUGCUGAAGUUAAUUGAAAAAUUGAAACCAACAUUGAAGGCGGCUGAGGAAAAACAGAGGCACUCAGAGGAAGAGCAAACGCGCUAUGAACAGUGGGAGAAAGACGCCACAGAGCAAAAGUCCGCUUUGAAGAAAACACUGAUGCGGAAGACCAAAAUUUCAGAGCAGCUUCACGAGGAGGAGAAAGAGAGCAAGGCGUUGCACAAAGAAAAGCUGCGGCAUCUGGAGCAGAUAAAGCGGCAGCAGCGCAGCGAGGACACCAGGGCCGAGGCCAACAGGCAGCUGAAGCGCAGGGCCGACAAGAAGAAGCUGGCGCUGCUGACCGAGUUGGAGGCGGAGAUGGAAAAGCUGCAGGAGAAGCAGAAAAGCCUCCAAGGUGUCAGGGAAAGGGAGACGAGCGUGAGGGGCGAGUGCCAGUCUGUAGAGGAGGAUGUCAAAGGAUUAAAAUUGCAUUUGGAAGAAGUCGGCGCCAAGCUUGAUGCCAACAAGGAAAAGAUUAUGUCGCUCGCAAAGAGUUUGAAUCUUUGAGGAAUUAGUUUGUUUGUUAAAUUGUUUAAAUAAAACUGAAAUUAGUA